AUGAUGCGUAAAGCCACCGUGGAAACGGAACAACCUCUUCAUGUACAAACUUUUGAUAAAAUAAUAGAAGAUGUGAUGAGCAAGGAAGAAAUUACUCUCCCAAUCGGAUUGUGUAUUGAAGAUUUGGAAAUUUUGUGUGAGGCAAUUAGUAAUGUUUCUACUCUCCGAAAAUUGACCUUCAUCGGAGAACUUUCUGGCAUACAACAACAAGAAUCUAGUUUUGUUGAUGAGGAACAAUUUGAAUUAAUUUCAAAAUCAAUUUUAGGAGGAGCCAGUAGCUUGCAAUCCAUCGGGUUCUUGGCAAUGCACUUGAGAGAUGAUCAUUUAAAUUUCUUCUUGAAUAUUGCUAAAAGUUUGUCAGAAACUAGCUUGCCUGUUUCUUCAUUGGAAUCGAUUGUUUUUUGUGGAAAUGAAUUUACUGCUGAAAUGACAACAACAGCCACUUUGCAAAUUAAAGAAAUCUUUAAGAAUGUUAAGGAAAUACAUAUGGAUGAAACAACAAGAGUGGAUGAAUCUGCCUCUAUUUCUCAACAAGUUUCAAACUUGGAGCUCUAA